AUGAUCUUUUGCAAUAACCCCCCUUGGAUGUGUGGUUUCCGUUGUGUUGACCCUGCGUUUUGUAGACCCCUUUGUGCAGGGGUCGGGGCUCUCGAGGGCUUGUCCCGUGGACGCGGGGGCCGCCGGGAAGGACGACGACACACGGGACCCGCCGCCAGGCACGGCCGGGCCCCCUCGGUCCCCGCGGGGCAGAGACCGCCCAGCCUGGGUCCCGGGCGCCAGCAGCUCUUCUGCACCAAAGCCAUAGGAGGAGCGUGCAGGGCCUCCCUGUGGAGAAGGGCGUCCGCGACGGGUGAGGGGCCCCGCCAGCCUCCGCGAACGGGCCGGCCCUUCAAGGAGGCCCCGCACGCGUGUUGGGAGUGCGAUGCCGGCCGGCCGCUCGGGGUAUGCGGGGAGGCCCAGGACGACAGCCACUCGGGGGGGGGGAGCUCCGAGCUUCAGGGCUCAUGCCGGCUUCCAGGCUGCAGGGCCUGCUGGGUGAGGGGCUCCUGGGCUGGAGCAGGAAGGACAGGGGCGCCCCAGGCCCGCGGUGGCCUACCCCUGCGGGCUGUGACAGGCGCUGAGUCUGCCUGGUGUUGGCCGUGGCGCAGAGCAGAGCCCGGAGGCCGGCCCGCACGCGGGUGCACCCAGGUGGAGGGGAGCUGGGUCCUCGCACGCCUGGCGUCGGAAGCCAGCAAGGCGUUGGGACUGGCCCGAGACCUCGGGACAGACGUGCCUAGCCACUCAGCACACUUCCAACAACAGGCCCCGCCAGCCCUCAGCUUGUCCUGA